GGAGGAUAACAAGACGCAUUCUGGGACUACCAAUAUAGAUACACACUCCAUUAGGUAAUCUCUCUCUCUCUCUCUAUCUCUUCAAUCUAAGACGCUCAACUCAUGGAUGCUCAACAACCCAAUUCCAUAGAGGACAUCUUCGAUUCCUCUCUGAACCUAGAAGAAACCCAUUUCAACGAAGGCUUCAACGAGGGCUACAACGACGCCUUAGCCUCAGGAAAAGACGAGGGUCGCCAAGUGGGUCUCAAGCAUGGCUUCCAAAUCGGCGAAGAAUUAGGAUUUUACAGGGGCUGUGUCGAUGUCUGGAACUCCGCUAUUCGUGCCGAUCCCACUUGCUUCACUUCUAGGAUCCAAAAAAGCAUCAACACAAUGGACGAAUUGGUCCGAAAAUACCCGACCUUGGACCCUGAAAACGAGUCUGUCAACGAAAUUAUGGACUCUUUGAGGUUGAAAUUUAGGUCUAUUUGUGCCUCUUUGAAUGUGAAAUUGGAGUACAGUGGGUACCCUAAGGCUUCGGAUGUUAAUAGUAUUGAGUUUUGAAACAGGCUUAAUCAGUUGAUUCAAUGGUAUAUGUAUUGGUUUUUGUCUUUGGUAAUGUUUAGUCAUAAUGAAGAUUUAUAUUCUUUUGUUUUGGCGUA